AUGGCCGCAAAGAUCAUCGAGGUUAUCUACAGGUAUCAGAACAAGCGUGCGGGCAGCGAAGGUAUUGAGUCGGAUAUUGGUCUGCUCGCUGGUUUGGCGCAGGCAUACAGCCAUGUGAAGGCCAACCAGCCCAUCAAGAUGUGCCUUCCCGCCUUCCCCUUCAAGUCUCCCAACACCAAGGUCAAGGUCCUUGGACGCGUCCCGGACAAGGCCGAGGAGUUUGCUCUGGCCCAUCUCAACGGUCUCUGUGCGGCUAUUAAGGACGUAUACAGCCCUGGAGCGGAGCUUACCAUCAUUUCCGAUGGUAUCGUAUACAAUGACCUCUUGAGCGUCUCAGACUUGGACGUCUGGAGAUACGGAGAGACUCUCCGAAACUUGGCAAAGACAAAGGGCUUUGCCCACAUCCGCUUUUCACGACUUUCGGACCUUGUGCCUACUGAGGUACCUGCAGUUUUGGACGAGGUUUCAUAUGUUGCCAAUGCCACCAACUUCCGCAUUGCGCUCAUCAACAACUUCCGAAGCAAGGAUUGGGAUGUCAACGAAAAGAUCACAUCAGACGAGGAUAUUUGCUUGACAUAUCGUGGCUAUCUCAGAUUCCUUCAGACUGAUCUUGCUGAUACAUAUCCCAUUUCGGAAACCUUCACCAAGUCGAAGUAUAAGAAGGGUAUCGAGAGCAUUGCCAAGCAGAUGCUUAUUCGUGGUCAGGCAUUUGCCCGUGCAGUUCGCGACAAGUUCUCAAACCACGUUCGUUUGUCUAUCCACCCCUCCACUGGACACAACAAGGUUUCCGUCAGCACUCUGCCUACCGACUCUACAUACACCACUCCAUGGCACUGCGCCGUGGCUGUCCGACAAGACGGAACCAUCACCUCGGGUCUUGCUCAGACGUUCUGGGACGAUCCCAGCUGGGAGCUCGUCUACGAGGAUGGCAGACCAUCAUUUUUCCGCGAGAAGAGCGACCUAUAUACCUGGGCCUCUGGCGCCAUCACCGUCACUCCCAACUAUCCCUGUGGUGUUGUCAUUCAGCCCGCUGAGGGGCCCAACAAGCUCUCAAUGCAAGACAUUGAUGCUCAGAAGGUCCGCGCACUUUCGGAGAUCAACUCCCCGGUCAUUCUGCGCGGUUUCUCCGGCACUAAGAACCGCGAGAAGUACAUUGAGAAGGCCUCGGAGUUUGGAACCCCGCUUCCGUGGAAGUUUGGCAUUCUGCUCGAGGUCAAGGACCGCGGCGCAGACACUCGUGGUCUGAACAACGUUCUGUCCGCCGAAUGGAUGCCCUUCCACUUUGACGGCCUGUUCAAGACGCUGGACCACACUAGAGAGGAUGGAACCGUAUACAAGCUUCCCAACCCACCACGAUUCCAAUUGUUCACUGCUGUCACGCCCUCUCCCUCUGACACUGGGUUCACUCUCUUCUCCACAUCCACGUUUGUUUUGAAGAACCUGCCCUCUUCUCUCCCUCUGGAGACCUUGAGGAACCUUACGUGGUCUGUGCGAACCUCUUCAUUCGAGUCGACCAAACUGGACGGCCUGCCUCUGGUCAUUGACCAUCCCGUCACUGGAAAGCCUUGCUUGAGGUAUCACGAGCCCUGGCCCGAAAACAAGACCAGUUUCGAGGCCACCAACAUCACAAUUGAUGGCCAGACACCCGAGGUCUCUGACGCCAUCUGCCGCGAGCUAGACAGCCUUUUGCACGACCGACGUGUCGCAUAUUAUCACGCGUGGCAGAAGGGCGACAUGCUGGUCAGCGACAACAUCCUGGCCAUGCACACUCGCAGCGACUUCCAGGGAGGCGCCGAGAGAGAGUUGUGGAGAAUUCACUUUGAUUAA